AUGUUGGAAGAAUUGGUGGAAGCCAGACAGUUUCACUGGUUUAUGGCUGCCUCUAUAGGGGGCCUAUACAACAUGAACUACAACAUGCCCUGGGCUUCUACCAUGAACAUGCCAGAAGUGAUCGUGACAACUAUGUUGACAUCAAUUACCAGUAUAUCUCUGAAGGUAAUGGGGACAUUUACACAGAGAAUUUAG